AUGCGCACUUUAUUUACAUUAUAUUUCUACCUGACAUUCGGUAGAUCGGCGGUGACACUCGACAACAAACCGAUUGCCCUUUAUGUCACGUUACUUAUCGAGGACAUCCACGAAUUCGACUGGCAGACUGGGGAAUUUGAAAGUACCGUGGAGCUGUUAUUAGCCUCGGAUAGCCCGAAUGCAAAAUCGCUUGAACUGGCGACGAUCGAGGCGCAGAACGAGCCGCAUCCCUUUGUCGAUUGCGCCUUUGAUGCGUACAAAGUACAGAUGCUCAGCUACCUUCGCUGGGUCGUCAAAUCUUUUGGCGAUAUUUUGAGCAGCAAGCGGAGAGCCCGUGUCCGGUCGAUCUGCCACCUGCCGUCGGGGCAAUUCCCGUUCGAACGGCAGCACUGCUCAAUUCGGGUCAUUUCCCCUCGACACUCAUCCGCCGAGCUGGCCCUGCAAUGGGCCCGAACAAGCAAGCCCGUCCGAACCUCGCAUCCGAGGUAUCGUACCGCUUCUGGAGCCGAGAUUACAGACUUCACACCCGUCGCCUGUACCUACGAUUCCAUCUAUACGAUAACAAAUGCGGAGACGAGGAGUGCCCGCCACUCGUGUCUGGAGGCUCAGUUUUAUGUCCGUCGCCCUGUGCUACCAUUUCUCAUUCGCUAUUUGUUGCCCUCGAUUACCUUCCUGAUCACGAUAUUCCUGCAAAAUGCGCACGAAAAAUAUCAAAAUUUGGCACGGCAGAACGAGCUGGUGAGGGAGGAGAGCAGGAGAAGGUACGAGAAGCGGCUGGUGAACAAGAUUUCGCAUCAAAGGCCGCCUGACAAUAAAGUGGAUCAGAAUGGGAAUGAUCAUCAAAAUUCCCACACUCCGCUGCUCAAUACGUACGAAAGAGCGCUGUCAAACGGGUUUCAAGCCAAGGCCGAUCAAUUGUCCCUUCGUGCAGCGAGGUGGGACCUGAUCGGCCGUUCGGCCGCACUGCCAAUCUACGCUAUCUCGAUUCUCGUCUUUUUCGUGUGGAAUCUGUGGCUCAAGGAGGAAUGGGAUUCC